GAGUCAUGAAAUCCAGUUCUGAUAUGCUAAAGAAAGAAUUACAUAAAUGUUUACCAAGAGGGCUACGGAGUGACUGUGCAACAUGCAACCUCCGCGUAAUGAUCAGACUGCCGCGAAACGCUCAACAACGCGACGUGCCUACCGUAUAUUUAAUAAACCUUCAAUAAACGGAAGUUCUUAAGAUCUCCCAGUUUUCUUUAACACAAUUUUCUCAUAUUCCACAUCGGUAUUGACAAGUGAUAAAUGAUAUCGACGAUAAGACACUCUAAUAUGUAUUCGCGUUGUGAAAUUAUUAUCUCACUUGGCCAUCAUUGAGUUGAGAUGAACAUUUGAAAUGCUCUAGUUUUAAAAAGUGAAAAUGGUGAAAUAUUCCAGGAAGAGCUUAUCGCUCUCUGAUUUGUGGGUGCUCUCGAAUGAGAAAUUAAGUGAUUUUUACCUCACGUCAUGGCAAAAGGGAGAGUCUCCGAUACCUAUGCUAGUCAUGAGGUUCAUGCUGGCAAGUGCGGCGGCGGGAAUCUUCGCAUGGUCUGUCUACUCUGGAGCCAGCCCGUAUUGGUUUAUAUUUCUGACAAACUGGGGAGUGUUAUUGGUUUUUCUGAUGACACUUAGCGGGCUAAGCGUAUCACUCGUCGCUACUUUUAAAAAACUUCCAGACAUCAGCGAAGGAAACCUACCAUGGUAUGUGAGUACUUACUGGCUCACUUACAACAUCGCACUCAUCAUCUCGUUAAUCAUAACAGGACUUUACUGGACCCUUCUUUAUAAUCCAGAAAAGGAUGAAGAACUUGAUAAAAGCUUCUGGCUCGAUCUAUCAACACAUGGGUUCAACUCCUGCAUAGUGUUUAGCGAAUUCCUACUUUCAAGGACACCUCUUAGAUUCGUACACAUAUAUCAACCCAUAGCUGUAGGGCUAUGGUAUUCGAUAUUUUCCGGCAUUUACUAUGCUGCUGGAGGUACAGACAGCCUUGGCAAUCCAUUCAUAUAUGAAAUAUUGGAUUGGCGACAAACACACCGAUCCUUGGCUUUGGUUGCUGCAGCGUUGGCAGCGCUAAUCGUUCUUUACGCCGCGAUGUGGGUUCUAACUAUAUGCAGAGACAAGAUUUCCGUAGCUAUCAUAAGGACCACCAGUCUAGACCUACCGUUUACACCGCCUGAUCGUAUUUCUGGUGCCGUAUAGGUUAAGAAUCUUUAUAUAAGUUUUAGGUUUAUUUUCUGUUAAAGUAAGGUAAGGUUAACUUACUGAUUGGUAAUUUAUUACUAGUAAGUACUUAUUCCUCGCAGAAAAAAGCACUUUUAUUUAAUGGGAAAUGACAUAAUAAUGAUUUAGUUAUAUAAGGUUUAUGGAUUUACUGUUUUACGCUAUGAAUAUUAAACAUUACCAAUGUUUAUAAACUUUGCUCAACGACCUGAUGUUUUUGUAAUGAACUAAGCAAUACAGGUAUUGUGUAAGAGGCUGAUGUCAUAAUAAUGUAUAAAUUUUCAGUAUAUAUUUUAACUAUGAAUAUGUAAAUAAUGAGUAAUGACUGACUACUUCUGAAAAAGUAUACAGUUAUACACAGAGUAUGAGGCAGAGGGCGUCCAUCGCGUUCGGUCUUGAGCCUCGUAUUUUACCUCGCUCCAAGUCUUUCCGGCUGUCAUUGCCUCGUCUGCAACUGUACGACGCCAGGUUUGCUUGGGACGGCCACUCUUCCACUUUCCUUGCGGGUUGCGGGCCUGCUUGGAAAUAUGAUUGGGAUUCCUUUGGAGCCCUAUCCAAUUCCAUUUGCGUCGCUUGAUCUGCUGGCUGAUCGGGGUUUCUCGACCGCUCAUUUAAGAUGCCUAUUUAGUAUUGCAUUAAAUUAAACUAGCAACAUUUUAGCCACGAGUUUUAGGUGAUCAAAAUAUCCAUUUUCAUACAACACUUUAAACACUCUCAUUAAUUAUUCUGGGUUCUCAUUAAUUAUGCUGAGUGUCAAUCAAGUUAUCUAAAUAGGACGAUUUGUGAAAACAGCAACCUUCAUUCAAUUUCCUUUUAAGUAAGAAAUUGGUAAAAUGAUAAGAGGUUUAACAACAUAUUGUGAGAAUACUCGGAGUAUAUUUAUUAAUAUUUCUGGACAAUGGAGCAUCAUUCUGCGGCGACCAUGCUCAUAGGUCCCUGUAUAAUACUGUUUUGAAUUAGUUCCCGGACCGUCACUUGCGAAGAUUUUUUUAAAGUAAUUCAUACUAAAAGUACUCGCAAAAUCUGGCUAAGUUAGGCGACCAAUACAAGACUGUUGAUCUUGAUCGUUACACGUCCAGACUCUCUGAGAGUAUGAAUUAAUAAAAAGCCUCGUACUUUAUUCUUUGAUACGCAAAGUAAAACAAAUAUAAUUAUCCAACGUUGUUGUUAAUCGUUUGGUUUAUAUAUAUAUUAUAUUAGUAUAAUGUAAAGUUUUGUAUGAACAAUAUUUAAAUAAUAGAUUCGCUGCAAAAUUUAAAUAACUUGUUUUAACUGUCAUCAUGUAUAUACCUGUGCCGCGUUGCCUGCCACUGUUUGAGGAGUGUUAUAAAUAAUGAUCACGCAUUAUAGGAAGCUAUAUUUAACCAAAUCAAAAGAAUUCAUUUCAUAGAUGGUGAAACUAUUUGGUGCCUAUUAAGGCAAGGGCACAUCUAUGAUUUUAAUCUCUGGUACCAUAAGAUUUAAUAAGUG